AUGUUUGGUUCGAGCCUUAGUUCUGCACCUACUGGUUCAACUGUAAAGUUUGAGCCCGUCAAGGGCUCGGACACCAUGAUGAGGAACGGAAUAACACAGACGAUUCAGACCAAGCUCAUGUGUCUCUCUGCCAUGAAGCCAUAUGAAAGUAAAUGUUUAGAGGUAAGCUUCUUGUUGUUAUUUUUAAAUUUUAGAAUUUUAUUAUACAAUAUUAAACAUACUCAUGGCUAUUUUUUUGCUUAGGAAAUUCGUGUGGAAGAUUAUCAAGCUAAUAGGAAACAACCAGCGGCCGGAUCGACAUCAACAGGUUUUGGCAGUACUAUGGGGGUAUCUUCUACAGGAUCUUCGUUGUUUGGGAAUAAACCUGCUACUGGAUUUGGUGGUGCCGCUACAACUCCAUCUUUUAACCAACCUUCGACAGGCGGUAGUCUGUUUGGAAGCACACAAAAUAAACCUGCUGGAGGUUUGUUUGGCUCAACUAACACUGCCAGUCCUUUUGGUGCAUCGACUAAUACUAACACGGGAACUUCGUUGUUUGGGAACAAACCAGCGGUAGGUCUUUUCUAAAUAUUUUUUUUGUUAAUUAUUUUAUGUUACAAAAACAAUUCAUUUUGAAUUCUACUAGUUUUUUAAUGAAAUUUUUUAGUUUGGGCAACAACCAACCAAUUCUUUGUUUGGCUCAGCUAACACUACUGCUACAACACAACAAUCAGGCUUUGGAUUUGGUGCUGCUAAACCUGUAAGUUUAAGUAAAUGUUACAUGUUCAACUGAGAAACAGUUUUUUUUUUAAAUUUUUUGUUAACUCUAUGAGCAAAGUUAUAGACAACAUCCACUGGUUUUGGGUCAACUUUUGGCCAAACCAAUACUGGAACGACGUCGUUGUUUGGGCAAACGCAAGCCAAGCCUUUAUUUGGUGCGACAACUUCUCAACCUUCUGGCAGUAUAUUCGGCUCAACUAGCACUCAACCUGCUCAAGGAACUUCUCUCUUUGGUUCAACGGCGACGUCUCAGCCAGGAACAACAUCUAUAUUUGGAAACACAGCCGCUCAGCCAGCUGCUGGUACUUCUCUUUUUGGUGCACCAGCUCAACAAAAUACUGGUACUACUGGUUCACUUUUUGGAGGACAGCAACAAAACACGGGUACAACUUCAUUGUUUGGUAAUACUGCUAGUACUGGAACGUCUUUGUUUGGGAAUACCGCUACACAACAGCCGGCUUUCGGUGGUACAUCAGCUUUUGGAGCCAAACCAGCUGGGAUAGGACUGUUUGGGGCAACUGCUCAACCACAGCAACAAACUACUGGUUUCACGUUAGGAGGAGGUAUGAUGUUUGGCAUUGAAUUGAACUUUUUUAAUCCGGAAUUGAAAGAUGCGUUUUAAUUAAUAUAUUUUUGUUGUUUUAGGAGCAGCUCAAGUUGCACAACCUCAACAAUCGGUUCUUCAAGUUCCUCAACAGCCAUUGUUGAUUACAAGAGAUACUGAACAAAUUUUACAACAGUCGAUUUUGGAAUCACAGAUGUCAAUGUAUCCAUACGGAACGGAUGAGUUAUUUAGAACGAUUAGUGUAAAGUCUACGUCCGAACAGGCUACAGAAGCGAUCAAGAAUAAAUUGGAAAAGUGAGUUUUUGAUUGUUAUUUUUGCAUUAUUUAUAAGCAUCACCAACUUAUUUUAUUAAUAUCAUACUUUACAGAGAACGACUGCUGAACACAUACACUGCCUCUAAAGCUGCCGACCUUUCCAAAGACAAAUCAAAGCCGGACGAUGGGUUACGAAAGUUUAAUCAAUGUGUUUUGACAGCGAACAAGCCUAAAGUGUUCUCUUACAAGCCAUUGGUGCAAAAGAACGGCCUGGAUGAUAGCAAAAACGAGAGUCAAAAUUCGGAGCUCAAUGAUUCUAAUGGAUUUAUGAGCAGGUCUAUGAACAACAAGACUCAAUCUUUCACGGAACUGAAAACUGGCUUGUUCAUUCCUAAUGUUAUGAACUCAUCAAAGUCGAGGAACGAUCCUAAAAAGCUUGACACAUCUAUUUUUAAGAAGGAUGCAUCAAAGCUGGACGAAUCUGUUUUGUCGCGGAAGUCGAUCCUGAAUCAUAGUCUGAUUCCAGAUGCUUCCAUCAUUGAAAGUCCUAACAAUGACGGCAGAGGAGAUGGAGUCAGAAAAGAGGAAUCGUGAGUUUAAUUUUUAACGAUCCGUUUUUUAUAAUUGCCACUCUUUAGAUAUUGCAAUUUUUUAAUUUUUAGUAUUUAUAUUUUGGAUUUAUAAUUUGUUGUUUUAGUGUGUUCAGCUCAACAAAGAACAAUUCAAUUCUGGCCGGAUCAACAGAAAAACAACAUUCACCAAAGGCCGUUCACUUCUCCAACGAUCAAGCGAAUGUCUCAACUUAUUCUAAUGGCCAUGAUUUGUCCGUCAGAUCAGUUUUAAGCGAAGCCGAUGAAAAUAGCCUGAACAGAAUCCUACGAGAAGGACCUUGUGGUAUCAGAAUCUCGAGUAGAAGUAUUUACACCGAGCCACCACUAGAAGAACUGGCACAAUUUGUAGAAAACAACAAAGUCGUCAUUCCAGAAUCAUUCAAAGUUGGAAGAGUUGGUUACGGUAGUGUUUUGUGGGAAGGCAAGUUUGGUUUCAGCGAUGUUGACUUGGCCAAGGUGAUACAAUUUCAUCGUAAAGAGGUUGUUGUAUAUCCAGAUGAUAAGGACAAGCCGCCAGUUGGCAGUGAGUUGAAUCGACCAGCGAUUAUCUGUUUGGAGAAAGUGUUUCCAAUUGACAGGACUUCCAAGGAGUACAUUACGGUAGGUUUGUAUGUUAGGAAGAAGGUUUUUAAAUUGCUUAUGCGAAAUAGUGUUUUUGAGCUAUUAUGUUUUUCAUUAAACUGGUGUUUUCAGGACCCAAAUCACCCAGAAGUAAAACGGUUCAGUUCUUUGUUAGAAAAGAAAUGUCUAAAAAUGGGAUGUUCUUUCAUCGAUUACGAUCCGGAAGGUGGGUUCUGGUCGUUCAAAGUGAAACACUUUUCGAAGUACGGUUUCUACGACGAUGAUGAAGACGAGGAAACAGUUGUCACUAAACCAGCACCUUUGAAACAGAAGCAAGUUGAAGUUCAGACAGAGAAUAUCGUUCAAAUGGAAGACAUCGACGAACUUCUGGAGGCAGAACCCAAGUCCUCAGCUUUGCAGUUGAGAGAAAAGUUUCUGAACUUUGACGAGUCGAUGAGAGCUCCGAUGAUCGACCCGAAACGACUGUUUAUCUGUGAGUAGCGUUUUGAAUGAGGCAAAGUAUUGUUUAACUCAUCCACAUAUUGUUUGAGCACAUUAUGCGUUGUUGUGUUUGUCAUUUUUGGGUUUUUGAAGUAAACGAUCUAUUCUGUGAUUGGUGGUUUCGGUUUGUUUAAUGUAAAUUGUUUCAGCUGAAUCUCCAGAUGCCGUCGACAGGAAAAGAAUGCGAUUCACAGACGAUAUUAUGGAAUUUGAGUGAGUUUUUGAAAAAUUGGAUUUAAAAUCGGAUUGAUUUGUUAUGACUACAGAGAUUAGAUUAAAAAAGUUAUUAAAGUCAAAUAAUCAAAAUUUUUAAAGGUUGGAGAACAUGGAUCUGCUUGACGAGGACGAAGAACCAAAGAAGGAAUAUCCCGUAGUGUGUCAGAAAACGAACAAGAUUACCAACUUUAACCUUACCCAUACUAUCUUUAGGGAACUAAACAUUGAAAGCCUGUUUGGUCCUCUGAACCCAAUUAGUUUUCGUAGAAUUGGGUUUAUGAAUUCAAAAUCAGAUGACAUCAAUGUGACAGUUUUAAAAGACCCAAGACCACGAUCGUCUUGUGUCAAGAUUGAGACAAUCAAAUUGGUACCGACUAUUGAAGUGCGUAUUUUAUUGUUCAACUGAGUUUUGACUUCUUUAAUGUUUCAAGCCUCUUUGCAAUAUUUUUAAGUUUAUCUUUUAAAUUUUGAAAAUUUUGUUUCAGAGCUACAUGAGGCUGUUCCUGGACAAAAUCAGCAAACCAGAGCUGUUUGACAAGUUGGUCAACACUGAUAUGUUGAAGAUGAACCCGCCUUCAGACUUGAUUCGACUGGUAGAUGAUUAUUUGUUCAAAGAACUCAGGCUCAACUUUUCAUUGGAGGAAAUUGCUACUAAAAUGAACGGAUUCUGCGAGGCCAUGUGUCUGAAUCCAGAAGAUAUUCGGUUUUGUAAGUUAUUAGCAUGAACAUGUUUGCUUCUAAAUGUUAUAUUUAACUAGGGCUUUUCUGUAAUUGUGAUACUUAUAGUAUAUUCAAAAAAAGGUCACCUAGCUAAUUUAUGAUUUUUCAGCCUACCAGCAACGAUCAGGCUUCGUCAAAUGGGUGGUAAAUGAAUUGUCACAUAAAUUGGAUCAAAAGCUAAAGGAGCUGGAUAAGCAACCGUCAUCUCUUUACGCUCCAGUAUACUACUCUCUACUUUACGGUGAUUUUAAAAGAGCAAUCCAACUAGCACGACAGAACGGCCUAAAUGAUUUGUCAAUGUUGAUAGGUUUGUAUUCAGCUGGCACAAAGAUUCCAACUCGACUUUUGAAAUGCCAAAAAAUGGCGGUAUGUUUUAGUAUCGGUUCAGAGUAUGUUUUGUAGGAUGAUAAGUUUUAUAUAAUGUAAUAUUUUUAUAUGUAAUGACGCUCUUUAACAUUUUUUACUAUAUUGUUUUGAUUGAUGACAACAUGUUUUAGUUUGAACAUUGCAAAGAAGGCUCGGAUCCUUAUCGAAUUCGUACCUACGCUUUGCUGAGUCACAACCUGAAGUUUGGCAGAAGAGAAAAGACGGUUCAACUUCUCAAAGAUCUCCCUAUUCUACAAGUAAGUUUUUAUAUUGAAAAAACAAACACAAAUUUAUACCUUGAGGUUUUGAAAGCCCAGCUUUAGAAGCAAAUAAAAGAAUAUUAACAUAAAAUAUGGUAGAACUAUCAUAAUAUAUUUUCAGGUAUUAGCCAUCCAAUUGUCAUACUUUUCAUCCUUCAAAGAUCCACUAUCGACCAGCGUCGAAGCUCUGCCCCAACUCGUUAGCUGUUAA